UAACAACUCCAACACAACUCUCUCUCCCACUCUCUCUCAUCAUCAUAUAUAUAAGUAGAUUUUGCAUGAAUCUUGAACAAACAAGCUAAUCAAACCCACAAAAACCCAAGAAGCCAAGAAUUAUCCUUCUAUUUACUAGAAUUAACCCAAAAAAAAAGAUGGCAAAUUUAGGGUUGAUGGUGUUGAUGAUGGCUAUGUGUUGUGGAAUUGGAGGAAUAUCAGCCACGGUUUACACAGUUGGGGAUACCUCCGGUUGGUCUGUGGGUUCUGACUACACCACCUGGGCUGCCGACAAGACCUUCAAAGUUGGCGACACUCUCGUAUUCAACUACGCAUCCGGCCACACUCUUGACGAAGUCUCGAAAAACGACUACGAAUCGUGCACCACCGGCAACUCCAUCACCUCCGACAGCAGCGGCGCCACCUCCAUAACCCUAAAGACCGCCGGCACCCACUACUACAUUUGCGGCAUCCCCGGCCACUGCAGCGGCGGGAUGAAGCUCGCCAUCACCGCGGCCGCAGCCGCGCCAACCGAAGGCGGCAGCAAAGCGGCGCCUUCGGGCACCACCACUUCCCCCACCCCUACCACCACCACCCCUGCCGCCACGACUCCAACCGUAGUCACGAGCCCCACCGGAGGCGCCGCCACGGAGCAUCCUUCAUCCGCCGCCGCAUUUGCUCCGGCUGCGGCGUCGGUUUUGGCCUUUGUCUCUGCGGUGGCGAUUAUGGUUUGAUUUGAGGGGUUUGGGUUUUUACUCUAGCCAGGAUAGAGGCAGUGCUCCUACUUUAAUUUAUUUUCAUGAAUUUGUAUUGUAAUUUUUAUUUAAUUUGGCUCAUGUAAUAUUGUAUGUGGAUGUUUUUUUUUCUAAAAUUAUGUUCAUUUAGUUGCUCUA